GGCAUGCAUUCAGUUGAGCUUUGCCUGCCAAGCCGAUAACGACGACGACGACGUGCGCCCCCGUCCGAACUGUUGCCAGAGUAGUGUCCGUCAGAAGUGGUUCGUGUCCGCGGUAGUACGGAAAGCAAAAGAAGCAACAGCCACAGAAGCCACAGCCACAGCCGCCGCAAGCCGCAGCCAAAACAAAAUCAAGAAAACACGUUUUUAACUCCCGCACAUUGAAAAACGCAUUUUUUGCCCAUAACUUGUUGGAAAAAAAAAUAGAAAGCAAAAAGUUAAUAAAUCAAGAAUUUCAUAAUAUGCUUUAUACGGUUUAAAUUCAUAUAUUUUUCCACCUAAAUUUCUUGUUUGUGUUUCAUAAAUGAAUGUGAAAAAGGAGUGGGCAAACGGCUUAUAAAUAUUGAUGUGUUUUUGUUUGAAUAGUGCGCCUCUCUUUUACUUUCAAAAGUUUGUUCCGUUUUUGUGUUAAUUUUUGUGCAUUAUUAAAGAAUGAAUUACAAUUUACAAAAAAAAAAAGGGUAUCCUAACCCAUGAAUGGGCGUAGAUACAGAGAUACUAUCUGAAAGAAAGAGCUUCCGAAUUGCUUUUGCCAUAGCGACUUGCGACGAGGUGUUUGUUCUGAGGUAAUGUGAUCGGCCUGUUCUGGAAGCAAUUAGAAGACAUAACAAAAGAACUCAAAGAUCAAAUAAAGGACACUACCAAGGCUGACAUCGAAACAGCUGGAGAGCUAGAGAUUCUGAGAGCAGCAGCAGCUUGUAGAAGAAUUCGCACACUGUGGCCAGCGGGUGGAGAGUAAAUCGAACCGAAUGCAGUAUCUCAGUUACGCUCUGCAGACAUCCACGCGACUGCUGACGAACCAGAACCACCACAACCAGAAUCAGUAUCAGCCGCAUCCAGCGGGGGCGCCAGCUGCCACCUCCACGCCCACCGACGAAGACAUCGCACACGCCUGCUGCAGCCGAGGGGCCCAGUUGUUGAGACAGCGCCAACAGGAGCUGGCCAAGCGGCGCGCUCUCGAGGAUCAGAUCAACGCCAACGCCCACGAGUUGGAGUUGGAAUCGGAGCCAGAGGAGGAGGACGAGAGCAAAGCGAGCGGCAGCGGCAACGGAAGCGAAACCGAGGAGGGAGCCGUGGGUGGAGAGCAGCUACGUCAGCCAGUCCAAUGAAAUUUACUCUCAUUUAAUGUUCAACUGGCGCGCAGCAAACUGCUCUCGUUCUUCAACCGCGACAUGGCCGCCACCGAUGGCCAAAUCAUAUUGGCCGCCUCCCGAUUCGGCGAUGCCACGCCCGUCUACUUGCGCGACUUCUCCAAGCAACCCCUGCCGGCGGUGGCCAAGAUCCUCAAGGGCCAGCACCAGGCCCUCGGUGUGCCCACGCUCUCGGCCCCCUCGCUGCAGAGCACGGCGCUGUUCCUGAGCGCCGGCAAGAAGUACCAGAUCCUCGCCCAACCCAUCAAGAUCAAGGAGGGUCGCAAGCCCACCAAUGUGGGGGCCAAGGUGCUCAUACCGGAGACCUAUGGCGGCUACUUUGAGCUGCUCAGCGAGGAUGGCCGCUCGACGCGCUGCAUCGACUCGGUCCUCGAGCUGUCGCGUCGCCGCAAUGCCCGCGUCCUUGUGCGGGAGACGUUCCGCUGCCAGCAGAUGAACCGCACCAUCCACGCGGGCGAGCUGCUGACCACGAUGAACGACAACGGCAAGUACCUGCAGUGCCGCAACAUCAAGGACGAGAUCAUCAAUCUGCCACUCGAUACCAAAGCCAAGUUCUCGGCCAUAGCGCGCGAGGACAGCAUUAGCGGUGUGCACACCGUCAAGAAUCUGCUCCUCAAGCGGAUGCCAGUCAUUGUGAGACUCGUCCAUGGCAGUGCCCCCAAGGGACUGAAGCAGCCCUUUGUCCCCGAACUGCGGCUGCUGGGAUGCGUGGAAAUCGAUCGGAUCUUUGCCCUGCCCCUGCAGAAGGACACCGAUCUGGUGCCAGUGCCGCUGAACGCCAAAAUCAAGCUGCAGCGGGUCAAGAACAUGGAGCAGCUGGAGCACUUUAUCGAGUACACGCGCUUCCUGGAAAAGGCCCAGCGCCUGCUGGCGGAUGCGCGCGAUCGCCUGCAGAUCGUCGAUCUCAAGCUGAGCGAGAAGGAGAAGAAGGACUCCAAGUUCCACAGUCGGAACGGCAGCGGCAAUCGGCUGCCGGUGGUGAUGCUGCCCUCGGCCGCGGGCAUGGCCAGCGGACUGGCGGAGAGCGGCUAUGUGCUGCGCAAGAGCGCCAGCUGCGACUCCUGGUCCAAGCAGCACCAGCAGGCGUUGAACAGCGAGAUCGCCGAGGAGUACAACGAGAUCGAUCACAUUUACGACUAUGUGCGGGGCCUGACGCCCCUCUCCAAGGGCCUGGCGCGCUUCGAGCCCAUCUGCGAGUCGCCCACACUCAAGUCGCACCACACGGACAGCGGCAGCGGCAACUACUGCAGCCUCAUCCGUGCCCCCAUCCCCCAUCAGCAGUCGAGUCAGCAAGCCGCCUCCUCCUCCGCCAACAACAACUACAGCAGCCUGGAGUCGAACAAGCAUAGCAGCAGCAAUGGAGCCAACGGAGGCAACGGCCACCACCAGCAUCCCCAUCAGCACCAGCACCAGCAUCCACAUCCACAUCCGCAUCAGCAUGGCCAUGGCCAUCACAUGGUGAAUCAUUAUCACCACAGCCAUAUACAGGAGGACAUCAAGCCGGUGCCGCCGCCGAUUGAGACGAUACCCGGCAAGAAGCCGGCGGAGAAGCGUCAGCGUCCCACUCUACCAAAGCUUUACAUCAAGAAUGCCAAUGCCCACAGUGCCGGCAGCAGCAGCAACGGCAACUCCACGGGCACCGGCACCGGCACCGGCAGCGCCACCACUCACAGUCACAGUCACAGUCACAGCCAUAGUCACAGUCACAGUCACAACCAUCCGCAGCAGCUGCAACAGCAGCAGCAACAGUUGCAGAUGCAACAACAGCCGACGACCCCCAAUGGAAAUACGGCGAAUGCUGUGGCCAAUGCGGCUGCUGCUGCGGUGGCAGCUGCCCAUCAUCAUGGCUCCUUGCACAACCACUCGCACAGCUCCCAUCCGCACGCGCAUCCCCAUCCGCAUCCCCAUCACGGCAAGGUGCUGACGCCCAACAAUCAUUUGCCAGCCAAGGAGGCGCUGGAACCGCAAUCGCCGCUGUUUCACAUCAGGUACAAGAGCCUCAGCAGCCUGCAGUUGACGCCGGACAACAAUAAUACACCCAUGACGCCGCCGACGAUCUCAGCCCAUGGCAAGGCAGCGGCAGUACCGGCAUCGAACGCAUCGCCCGGCACACCACCCGAUGUGGUGCUCAAGUGCGGCAGCAUCCUCAACGCGCACGGCUAUCUGUCGUCGGGGGCACCGGGCACGGCUUUGGGGAUGCCACAUCCGCACAGCCGCAGCUCCAGCAGCAACAACCAUCACAAUCCGCGCGAGGGGACGCUGGACUCGUCGCGUAGCGGCGGCCGGACAUCGGGCGACUCGAACAAGCUGCCGGAGAAGAAGACGCGACGCUUGUCACGGCCCAGGAGCCUGUCGAAUCUGGUGUGGGACUUGCGGCCAUCCAAAGAGAAGUCCAAGAAGAAGCUCUAUAUACAUCAUUUCGAUCAGAGGCAGCAGGCGACGUUGUAUCUUUAAGAUGUUGUCGGUGAUGAUGAUGAUGAUGAUGAUGAUGUAGAACUAGCUAAAGAUGAUGACGAUGAUGAGGAUGAUGAGGAAGUAGCAGAAGAUGAUGUUAAUGAUGAUGAUUCGUUACCAACUCGUUUCUAGCUGCCAUCGACCCCCAACAACAGAGAGAUCUACAAAAUACAACCCAACCAACCAACAAUAAGAUGGAAAACUACAAUCAUUUGGAACGCUGUGUGUGUUCCUGCAGCUUUCACCAAUUUAAAUAGCUUGCAGCAGCAAUUUUUAAUUAACAUUGAAUUGUGCCUUUCCCUGCUAUGCCCCAAGAACGACCGAAGUUCCAAUGAAAUAUUCAAAAAGAAUAUAUCUAAAUGGAAUAGAAACGAUUAAAUGAAUGAUUGAAGGAAGCCCCUGAAAGGAGAGUUUGAAGGAAGAAUCGUAUAGAAACGCUGACAGAACACACAGCAACAAUAUACACACCGCACACACACACACACACCCACACAUCAAGUCUAUAAAAUUGUGAUUUUAAUUUUAUGUUUAAUUUAAUAAUUACUUGGAAAACCAAUUUUAUUAAUUUUAUGGAAAAGCCAUUCAUGCAAAUCAGUCAAAUACGAGAAAAAAAACACAAGAAAAUUUCACAAAAAAAAGCCACAAAAUAAAGAUUAAACAUACUAUAUAUACGAGUAUAUAUAUAUAUAUAUAGAUAUAUAUGUGUAUAAAACCGAAUGGCAAUGUCAAUGUGUAACUAAAAAGUAAGAAAUAUUACGAUUACGAUUAUAACCGUGUAAUCAUUUAGUGGAAAAAAAACAAACACACACCUAAAAUGUAGCUAAAAUGAAUUUAUAAGUUAAUGCAAUCGAUUUCCUCCUCAUAAUUUAGAUGUUGUGCAAACUGUUGAUCGAAUGCAAUCCACAAUUACAUAUAAUCGAAUAGCUCUCGUUUAGCAAUUAGUUUCAUCUUUUUACCACACACUCUGCUGGCAAAUCGCAAAUCGCAAAACGCAUUGUCUUAGUCGUUUAGUCUGUACAUUUUAGUUGUAUUCAAACAGCAGCUUAUAUGGCCUACAAAUAGAGCGUAUCCAUAAAUACCAUAUACUAUACAAUAUACUAUAGAAAUAUAACUUGUAUUUGUGUCUAAAUAAAUGUCUCAGAUAAAUAAAUGUAUAUGCAAAGCAAAGCAAAGCA